UCAAUUUAAUUUGUUUUUAUAUAUAAAGCUUUAGCCAGGGGAGAAGUCUCACUCAAUCUUUUGGAGCAUGAAUUAAAUAAACUGAACAUAAGCACUGCUAACGAAACUAAUAGUAGCGUGUUCAAUGAAAGAUCUCGCUGUGGUACACCUUUAAAUGCAUCAUUAAACGUUGUUUCUAUACCUACAAGUGGAGGUGUUGUUGCGUCAUUACCUCCUCAAAUAGUUCCUGCACAAAAACAAAAUCAAGUUAUAACAAACGAAAACGUUUGUUCAAUAUUGCCAGAUCAACAGCAGGCUAUUUCUUCCAUGUUACGUUCACAUCAUCAUGAAGACUCUGCACUACAUAUGCCAACUCAACGCGAACUACAAAUGCACACCCAAGCCAUAAUGCAAAAUGCUCUAUUUAAAAAGAAAUUAGAGGUAGAACAACAUGAGGCACUAAGAAGAAGACAAGAAAUUCACAAGCAACAAGAACUUGAAUCAUCAAAUUUCAAUCAGCAACAUCAACAGUCAUUAAACUCAAAUUCCAUGAUUUCUCAACAAGGGCACCAACAACAACAAACAUCAAGACAUGUAAAUUCGCCUACACCAUUAGCUUUUACACCUACUUCCGUUUUACGGAAAAUGACGGCAGAGAAGGAUACAAUUUCUAAUUCUUCACAAGCCACAACCAUAACUUCUUCAUCACCUCAACAGGUUCAGCCGCAUAUACAGCAGCCACAUUUAAAGAUUCAUACACAUCCUCAGGUAAUUAAUUUGAGUAAACAAUGAAAUGCCCGUCUAUAU